AUGUAUUGUGAUGACCUUGUGAGUGGAACUGCUGACAGUACGCAAGCCAUAGAGUUGAAAGAUAAAAUUACAGAGAUUAUGAGAAAAGGAGGUUUUCAACUCCAUAAGUGGAAGACCAACCAUGUGGAGGUCAGAAAGCACAUAGAGGAGAAAAGUUAUCAAAAAGAUUCAACUACAGUGACGUAUGCAAAGGAAAGCCUAGGAACCAAAGAUUCACAAAGUAAAAUUUUAGGAUUAAAAUGGAAUCCAGAAGAGGACACACUAGGAAUUAGUAUGGAAGCAGUGCUAGAUGUGAAGAAUGGUAAAGUGACGAAGAGAGAAGUCCUAAGCAGACUGUCAAAGGUAAAUGACCCACUGGGUAUUGUGGGCCCAGUUGCAGUUACUGCAAAACUGAUAUUCCAAGAUAUCUGCAAGGAAAACAAGGAUUGGGAUGAGCCAGUAAGCCCAGAGAUUGAAAUGAGAUGGAAGAAAUGGAUGCAAGCUGUUUCAAGGUUGACUGAACUCAAGAUUCCCCGAUGCAUUAUGCCAGCAAUCGGUGGACCAAGGAAGAUUUCAAUUCAUGUUUUCGGUGAUGCAAGCAAGGCUGCAUAUUGCACUGCUGUAUACCUUGUAUGGCACAAUGAAAACCAGUCAGUGGCUGCGGAAAACUAUGGCUCAUAUGGCAAACUGUUGAGAGUUACAGCUCUUGUGCUUAGGUUUAUAGGUUGCCUCAAGGAGAAGAAAAGGCCAGAUACUCAAAUGUUGCGUGUAGAAGAGAUCCAGGAGGCAGAAGAAUUGUGGAUAAAAGAUACACAAGUGAUGGUGAAAGGAAGAAAUAGUUACUCUCAAAUAAAGACACAGCUUGCAGUGAUAGAAAUCAAUGGAAUCUUACACUGCCAAGGACGUCUUCAAAACACAACACUACCAGUUGAAAGCAAGUUUCCAAUACUGUUACCCCAGGAUAGCAGAUUUACAAGUUUGCUAAUUUCAGAGUGUCACAAGCGUACACGACACGGGGGAGUAAAUACAACAUUAGCGGAAGUCAGAAGCAAGUUUUGGGUCUUAAAGGGACGCCAGGCUGUAAAGCAACAAUUACGUCAAUGUAUGGUUUGCAAUAAGCGAAAUGCAAAGACAUGUGCACCACCUCAAUCUGGACAGCUACCAGCAGAGAGGGUGGUUCGAGGCAACCCGUUUAGUACAACCGGAGUUGACUUUGCAGGACCUAUAUAUUUGAAGAAUGAAGAGAAGGCAUAUGUUGCACUAUUCACAUGCGGCAUAACCCGUGCAGUACACUUAGAGCUCACAGAAGAUAUGACAGCCAAUGAAUUUAGAGGAAUGUUUCGAAGAUUCAUCAGCAGACGUGGAGCACCUGCUACAGUAAUAAGUGACAAUGCAAAAACAUUCCUUGCCACUGCAAAGCACUUGAAGAAGAUAUGUGUAGAGCAAGAAUUGCAGGAUUUUUUGUUGGCCAACCGCAUUGAUUGGCAUUUCAAUGUAGCUAAGGCACCGUGGCAAGGCGGCUUCUUUGAAAGAUUAGUUGGAAUAACCAAGACAGCAUUAUUCAAGACCAUGGGAAAGGCAAAACUAACCUUUAGAGAGCUGGAAAACAUGUUGAUAGAAGUUGAAGGAAUGAUAAAUAAUCGACCACUUACCUGUCAAACAUCAGAUUUAGAGGAAGAGCCCCUCACUCCAAAUCAUAUGAUUCAUGGUCAUCGACUAGCAAUGAUAGGAGAUGUCAAGCAUGACAACGAUGCAGAUUUUGAUAACAAGAACGUGAACAAGAGAAUGAAGUUCUUGAGAGCUAAGCUAGAGCAUGUAUGGAAUAGAUGGUCAAAGGAGUAUCUUUUAGGUCUUCGUGAAUAUCAUCGCAUGACUAAAGGAGGAGAAGCAUUACCAGAGCUUGGAACUUUGGUAUUGAUCAUAGAUACUACCAUUGAACGACGUUUCUGGAAGUUAGCUAAAAUCUCCAGUUACAUAAAAGGAAGAGAUGAUGUAGUUCGAGCAGUAAGAUUAGAUGCGGUAUCUCAAGGGCGGAAGAUUGUAAUGGAAAGACCAUUUCAAGGAAUAUGCCCCUUAGAGAUAAAAGCACAAGUAGAAGAGCAAUAUACUCAGGAAAAGCAAGUUCAGGCAAAAAAAGGCAAGCCAAGAAGAGUAGCAGCUUUUGCAGCUGACGAAUUAUUGAAACUGGUAAAACAAGACAAAUAUAAACAACUUGGAUUUUCUCCGCAUGAUGGCAAUGAUCGCUUGUUUAACCCUGUUUACUGGUUUCAAUUCGCUGAUGAUGCUGCAGUUGUCACAAGUGAUGAACGCGAAGAUCAAUAA